ACUGUUAAUCGACCACCCCUCAACAGUGACACAAAGGUAGCAUUUGCUGGUUGUUUAACACCGCACUCAGCAAUGUUCCAGCUCCAUUGCGGAGCUCUGUAAAUAGUCGAAGAAUUAUUUAUGCUACACUGAAAUAACAUGUAAGUCUAUGGAAAUUACGUCAAGUGUCCGAACGAAUACUUUUUUGCACGACUCUGUAUGUAUAUAGUGUGGCUGAGGAUCGGGCGAUUGCAUAACUAACGUGACGGUGGUUGACAUCUCAUAUACCAAUUACACAAUUUUCUUUUUAUUUGGUGGCUUGUACCAGUCGGGACUUUUUAACAUGUUGUCUGUACCUUUUGAUAUAACUUACUACGGGUCCACUUGCCCCAAUACAUCUUCUAAAAUACUUAAAUAUUCGUGAACAUCGAUCGAUAUGAUUUUGAAAAUGUUUCAAAAUGGUAACAUCCACUGUAAACAGUGUUCUCGUUCUAUAAAGGUGCCUCAGUAAAUUCGUUCAAAUUGUCAAGAAAUAUUUGACAUAGUUUUUGAAAAUGUAAAUGUGUUUCUUUUUGACAUAUUUUUAAUUAGUGUAAUGCAUGCGAAGUUAAUAGUCGAUAUUUGCCGUUUUAGUCAUUACUUUCACCGGUUUUGUAAGUGCCGUUUUGGCACGUUGCCGUUAGUACAAACCUCUGGGAGCACUUCCGGGCACAUCUCCAGUUGCUAAGCUAUAACUUACAGAAGAUCUUCAGAGUUCAGAAUGCAAUCCGUUGAUACUGUGUAGUCGCCAGAGAGGUCAUGACAACCAUGGCUGUGAAAGGCAAGCUUACAUGACGUGACUAGGAAGUUCUAUACAGCACGACAUCGCUUCGGGAGGAUGCUGAACCUCUGCUGCAGCCUCAUCUUCCGAGAAGACAAGAGGAGGUCAACCUGCAAGACUCUCAUUAUCGGAUUCACAUUGAUAUUCCUCCUCCAUUGGCUCAUUAAAUUCGAACAGAUUCGAGAACAUGGUGACUUUGCCGACCUCACGAUCCCAAUCUCUAAAGACUUCGUACCACUUGGUAUCAAAGAAAUGGAGAGUUUUCCUACAAGUGGCAAACCUAAAUUUCCAAAAAUCAUUCAUCAAACUUGGAAGGAUACCCAAAUACCCCGGAAGUUUGAAAAAUGGGUGAGAACCUGGCAGCGUAACAACCCAGAUUGGACAUACAUUCUGUGGACAGACGAGAGUGCAAGACAAUUAAUUGCAGAUAAAUAUCCUUCCUUUCUUCCCAUUUUUGACAGCUACUCGGAAGGAAUUCGCCGAGCAGAUGCAUUGCGUUACUUUAUUCUGUAUGAGUAUGGAGGGGUUUAUGCGGACAUGGACUUGGAGAGUUUGAAACCUCUAGCUCCCGUUACCUACAAGUACUCAUGUAUCCUAGCACAGGAACCAUACGAACAUUCCAUUCUUGAUUCCAACUUCGAACAUCUCAUAAUCAAUGCCUUCAUUGCAUGUCGUAAGGGACAUCCAUUUUUGAAAAUGGUCAUUGAUUAUCUCCCUUCUUUCUCCCACAUGUGGAACGUUCUGGAUUCAACCGGUCCCCAUUUUAUGACAUUUGUAUAUCGGCAGUUUCUAAGCGCACACCAUUAUCCAGACAGUCAUACUAAUGGAACUUACCUGGCUCCAGCAGAAUACUUCUUCCCAUCCAUAGAUCCAGCUAAACAUUUCUGGAUGCGACAGCAGUGUGCAAACUUCGACACGAUCAGUGACUUACAGAAGAAGGCAUGUAUGCACCUCAAACUGAAAGGUGUUGAAAGAUCGGACAAGUAUGCAUUUACUACUCAUCACUGGAUUCACACCUAUCUCAAUUUCAAACUGUCCCUAAAGGGACCCCUAGACAUUCAAGUGUUGGUACCUGGAGCACACAGAUAUACCCACAUAUAACUCUGACACAGUGAUCAAGCAGACAAUCAUAUCUUCUAAGCCUACAACAGUAAUGAGAUUAUGUGAUCAUCCUGCCUGAGUUAACUACCAGGGCCUAGAUUUUGGAAGCUCUCUUAGAGCUAAGAUCGUCGUAAGUUAAUGUUAAUGUAUGGCAGUUACGACUAUCUUAGAGCUAAGAGAGCUUCGAAAAUCUAGGCCCAGGGCCGUAUACCACAAAACAAUCUUAACUCUGUCGUAAGUCAAUGUGAAAGUAUGGGAGUUACGAUCAACUUAGCGCUAAGAUCGCUUUGUACAAUGGAAUCCAAGGCCCUAUUUUACAAAGUGAUCAUAGCUGUAUGACUGUCGGUUAUCGGUGUUAAAGAAUGCAUGGUACGAUUGUCUUAGCGUUUAGAAUGCUUUAUACAAUGGAAUCCAGGGCCGUAUUUCACAACGCAAUGUUAGCUCUACAACUGUCGUAAGUCAGUGUGAAACUGUAGGAGUUAUGAUCAACUCAGCUCUAAGAUUGCUUUGUACAAUGAAUUUCAAGGCCCUCUUUUACAAGGUAUCAUAGGUGCACGAUUGUUAUAAAUGGUUGUUAAAGAAUGCUAGUUAAGAUCGUCUUAGCGCUAAGAUCACUUUGUGGAAUGGAUCUCUAGUUGUCUGGUAAGGUAUAUAAUACAUCAUUUGUGUGCACAUAAUACUGAGUUUAUGACAUUUGUGUAAUUUCUUCUUUGUUUGGCCAUAAUUAUUUUUAGAUUAUAUUCCAGAAUGACUUUUUUCCGUGCACAUGGUUUUUGAGGAAUUUUCGAUCUGAUGCGUUCACUUGUUUCUAUAUAAGUACACAGAAAAAACAUUGUCUAUAAUCCUUCAGAUGCUCAUGUCUUCAGUGUACAGGUGAUUUACAGUCUAUUUGAAUGGCAAAAUAUGAAAGGUAAAAUGUCUUCCAUCUUUAAAGUAUUAAUUGUAAAUGUGAUGUUAAAAACCUGACACUAUGUUUGGGAAUCCAAAGAUUGGUCUUUAUGUACAAGGCUAGGGACCAAAGCUAGUGAUGCGCUGUCAUUGCUGUUACACUGAUGUAUAUAUAUAGUUACCAAGUGAUUUACUACUGUUACAGUAGUAUUGCAGUAGUUGACAAUUGUCAUGAGACUAUGGCAGUACUAUUGCAGUUGUCGACAGGUCUGUGGCAGUGGGUGGCCCAGUGGUUAAAGCGUUCCACUCGACACACAGAAGACCCGGGUUCGAUUCCCUACAUGGGUACAAUGUGUGAAGCCCAUUUCUGGUGUCCCCCAGCAUGCUAUUGCUGAAAUAUUGCUAAAAGCGGCAUAAAACUAGACUGACUCACUCACUCACUUAAUCUGCAAUGGUCAUUUUUGAGAGGACGGGGUGCAUGUCUCUUUGAAUUUCAGAUAAUGUUCCCAAGUAACUGAUGAGGAACAUUUGGUUAAUACAGUUCAGUUCUGGGUCAAAACCAAAGUCUAUAAUAGAUAUAUAUUCUUGAGCAAGUCGGCAUGAUUUUAUUCCAGUAAAGGUUGUGUCAUCUCAGAUUAAUGUAUCCAUGUAAUUCCUAGUCCCAGUGAAUGUACAUAGAUAAUCACAAUAUUCCCAAAUCAGAUUUACAGGGAAUAUAUGUGAUAUUAAUAUAAUUCUUAUGUCCUAACAUGUUCAUGUGUUCAAUAUAUGUGUAUAUUAUGGUGUAAUAUUUAUAGAAACUGCCAUAUUGUUGAGUAGAAUCAAAGUCAACUAUUGACAUACUUAUCCAUCAAUAAUUUGUCAUGGGCCACUUGACAGCUGUAAUAUAUGGACACACUCCUAACAUGGUGUGUUCAUGCAGAUGUUGUGUUUAGCUAUUUGUUCAAACAGCUUUAUGCAUCGAGACCAAAUUGCAUUGGGUAAGUGAUUAUUGCUGAAAGGGCAAUUCUCCAGCUCCCAAUGUUCCACCAUCUUGUAAUUAGCUUGUGCAAUCACCAGGUGACGAUAAGCACUGAAAACAAGUCACUCCAGUUGAGAUUGUAGUCCAUAGGCAAA